GAUUGAUUCAGCAUGAGUUGCUUGUUGGAAACAGUCCAUUCUCCGGGCCCCUCUAUCUGAACAGGGAGCCCCGGGGCCAGGGAGAGAGAGUGGGAUCUAUAUAAGAGGUAUGGAGAUCCAUCCAGGAAAGAAACAUGCUUCAGACCCCAGGGAGCUGGAGUUUCCUCUUUAUCAAUCUGUUUUCUUUUUCUUUUUGCUUUAUUUUUAUUUCUUGGGCGAGAGCAGGUCUCUUGAAACUAUAGUAGUUACGAUUUUUUUGAAUUAUUAUCAUUAUUAUUGUUAUUAUUUCUUUUAUCUCUCGCAAGAAUGGAGUCGAACACCCAGGAACCCAAGCGGCCAGGCCUGUUCAAGAUGCACAAGACCUCCCUUUCAAUCUCUUCCAUCAGUUCGGCGGCCUCGUCGUUAAAUUCAAAUCUUCCCUUGCUCAGGUCUAAGGCCAACGACUCUGCAAUCAAGGCAUUUCUUGUGAUCAAAAAAUUCGGUUCCUUUAUUGGCCCAGGAUUUCUGGUUGCAGUCGCGUAUAUCGAUCCCGGUAACUACUCGACCGAUGUGUCUGCCGGUGCCAGCAACAAAUACGCUCUGCUGUUUGUGGUUAUCAUGUCGAAUAUGUUUGCUAUUUUCCUACAGUCACUGUGCAUCAAGCUCGGCAGCGUGACUGGAAUGGAUCUGGCAGAAAACUGUAGAGCUCAUCUGCCAAAGUGGAUGGUGAUUCCUCUAUACGUUCUUGCCGAGGCGGCUAUUAUUGCAACGGAUAUUGCAGAGGUCAUUGGUUCCGCAAUCGCGCUCAAUCUGCUCGCCAAUAUUCCUCUUGUUGCUGGAUGCGCUAUUACGCUAGUUGACGUGCUGUUUCUCCUGCUAUUCUACCGCCCUCAUGGGAACAUGAACGGACUCCGGGUAUUCGAAUAUUUCGUCAUGGGUCUAGUGCUGGCAGUUGUGAUCUGCUUCUGCAUUCAGCUCUCGCUUAUCCGCAACCAGUCUGUCGGGGAAGUCUUCCGUGGGUAUCUUCCGUCGUCUGCAGUGGUUAAGGGUGAUGGACUCUAUCAGAGCUGCGGCAUCCUCGGUGCAACUGUCAUGCCCCAUUCCCUCUUCCUCGGAAGUGGAGUGGUUCAGCCACGUCUGAAGGAGUUCGACGAAGCAAAGGGCAAUAUCCAGCCAGCGGAGACUGACUACCGCCCAUCCAUCGAGGCUAUCCGCAGCUGCAUGAAAUAUUUAAUUGCUGAGCUCGCCAUCUCUCUCUUCACGUUUGCCCUGUUCGUCAACAGCUCAAUUCUUAUCGUGGCAGGGGCUUCUCUCUUUGGUACCGAUGGUGCUUCUGACGCUGAUCUCUUCGGCAUCUACAAGCUGCUAUCUUCAUCCAUUGCCCCUGCCGCGGGCACAGUCUUCGCCUUGGCUUUGCUGCUCUCUGGAUUGUCUGCUGGUAUUGUGGCUACAAUUGCUGGACAGAUGGUCAGUGAAGGAAUGAUUAACUGGAGCGUGAAGCCAUGGAUCCGACGACUGGUGACGCGAUGCAUCAGCAUUGUUCCUAGUAUCAUCAUCGCUGCUGCCAUAGGCAAGAGCGGUUUAAGUGCAGCCCUCAACGCCUCCCAGGUGACACUGAGUGUCAUCCUACCAUUUGUCUCUGCUCCACUGGUCUACUUUACGUGCUUUAACAAGUUCAUGACCGUCAAGGGCGGCACAACAAGGACGGCAGUUGAGAGUGACAGUGAGAACGAGAGUAUGGAGAUCCUGGGUAUUCCCAUGAGGAAUAGCUGGUACACUGCCACUCUCGCUGUCCUUAUCUGGCUUGUGAUCGCUAUCAUGAAUGUUGCACUCCUUGUCCUUGUUGGACUUGGAAAAGCCUGAGCGACAUAGCAAACAAAAAAGGAAAGCAGACAUUUUGGAGAGGGAAAACGAACUAAAAAAUGAUAUAUCUUUUCGUUGGAUCUUGACUGGGUCAGAUCGCAUUUAUUCUUCAUAUAUAGUUUUUUUAUCAUCAUGAACGGAGGGUUAUGAAUUCACUUGAUGUGACACUGUCUGGUUUCAAUACAUUACGUUCUUUUAUCAAUGAAAUCUGAAUUUCAAAGAAUUCUUCUAUAACUCAUAAGUUCAUGUCUGUCAGUAAGUACCAGAAAAC